CCCCAACCAGCCCAUCUCUUUUCCCACAUGUAAUCGCCAUAAAUUUUAGCCCUCUAAAAGCGGGCUAAUCUCCCCUAUCCUUUUCUGCGUUUGAGCCACAGUCAUGUUGGUCUCAUAUCGGUCGCUCCCUAUCUUGAAGUUAUCCAUUGCAGUCUCGUUUGUUCUGUUUACUAUUUUUCUUUAUCUGUACUACCGCCCCUCAAGUUUCGCCGACUUGAAAAGUUUGUCGGUCGGCCUUGGCGCAUCAGGGUCCACAUGGCCAGGAACCUCAGUCGCAGCUGGGGUACCGGAGACUAUCUGGUAUAAAGUUGGUCCGAAUGGACUAAGUGACGAUGCGCGAAAAUGGGGGGAUGACUGCCUGCGAAAAAACCCCACCUUCCGAUCUGAGGUCUUGACAGAUUCAUCAGGGGACUUAUUCGUCCAAGAGAACUUCGCCUUUCGUCCCGACAUCGUUGACACUUUUCUCGCGCUCCCCAUCCCAAUCCUCAAGGCCGACUUCCUCCGUUACCUCCUGCUUUACUCAAAGGGCGGCGUCUGGAACGAUCUCGAUGUCUCUUGCGAAGACACCCCCAUCCGGGACUGGAUCCCGCAAGAACUAAAAAAAGACGUCAAUCUUGUCGUGGGCUGGGAGUUUGAUGUCGGCUGGGGAGAUAACAUCAUGCGCCAGUUUGCAACCUGGACGGUCAUGGCAAAGCCCAAGUCCCCGCACUUAAUGAUGGUGAUCGAUGAUAUCCUUGAUGCUGUGCAUCAGAUCACCGAAGAACGCCAAAUCACUAUCCCCGACCUGACAACGGACAUAAUUCCGGACGUUGUCGAUUUUACCGGGCCUCGACGAUUGACUACCGGAGUAAUUAAGAGCUUGGAAUCCAGUCUCCAGAAAACUAUUGACAACAAGGAAAUUUCGCAUCUGCUUGAACCAAUGCUGGUUGGUGAUGUCUUGAUACUGCCUGGCUAUUCGCUAGCACGGUCGAUGAAUACCUACGAAACAAAUAACACCGGCCCUGCAUUCGUUACGCAUCAUUAUGCUGGCUCUUGGAAGAACAAAGUGGGUGGCGAGGUACAAGCGAGUGUUGAUUGAUCAGCUAUGCUUAUAAUGUAUCAUCUGUGGCAUAUUUUUGUUAUCAUAGAAUGAGCGACGAAUUCAAGAUUUUCUAGAUCCAUUGAGGGUUGCUCGCGGGCCUGA